GUGGUGCGGUGACUUAUGUAUCGAGUACCUCGCCCUCUUUUACUUCCUUGUUGGUCCCUCGCGUCGGGAAACCCACUGGGUACAGCUAGCUACGUAUAACACCGACUUUGUACAGCUCGCUACGUAUAACACCGACUUUGUUUUGCCGAGCCGCACAAUUGGGGUAUGACCAGUCUUCGUUGCGUGUCGGCUUCUGCUUUAUGGUGGAAAUAUUUCCUAAUCGAAACGUGUCAGCACAUCGUUGUGUUAGCUGUCCUAACAGGCAAGGUGAGAGAAAUAAUCUUUAGAACGUCUACAUCCGGUAUUGAAUUAUAGGCGUACAAAGAUAAUUUUCUGAUAGUUUCACGAACGUUCAGAAUCAAUUAAAAAAACAAUUUAGGUUAGGGUUCUUGACAGCAAGAAAUUGUGUGCGUGAGUUGACAUGCACAAACAGUGAGAGCACGUGCCAGAUUGCUUGGAAUAAACAUCCGAGAUGACGUCGGAUUACGUCAAUACGUCAGAGCGUGCUUUUAAGUUUAUAGAGGGAUGGUUGGAACACAAGUCACAGGAUGGCAGGUGGAACAGAUAUUGGUGUGUCCUCAAGAACGACAUCAUUUUUAUUUUCAGCAACGAGAGAACUUCAAGAGACAAUCAUAUAGGUACCAUAGCUAUUGGACCAGAGUCAAGACUAGAGAAACAAAUAGGAGAUGAAAGCUCUGGAUAUAGAUUCAAUUUGUACACAGUGAAGAAGUUAAACAGAUUUAAGGCUUCAAAAUUUAUCGAGAGAGAACUGUGGAAAGCUUACAUUGAUGGAAUAGCAACAGGUCAUGUACCAAACAACAUUGAACUUUUGCCUGGUCAAAUUCAAGAUGUGAGGUCAUCAUUAAAUGAAUAUUAUCAGUCCCGAAGACAAAGACCUGUGCCAGAUCUUCCUUCUUUCUCAGAUGUCAGAAACAAUUUUUUUACUGAAGGUUUAGACUCACCAAACUCAUCAGCAUCAGGGUGUUUUAAUACAAACAAUGAUGGAAACUACUUAGAGCCAGUUGAUCCAAAAAUAAGCAAGAAACGAUUAUUUUAUUUAGACCCAAAAAGAAAGGAUACUCCCAGUUGGUAUUUUUCAAACUGCACACGUGACCAAGCUGAAAAAGUUCUGCAGAAGUCAUCUGAAAUGGGUUUUGGUAACACAUUGAUGAGAGAAAGCUCUAACCAAAUGAAUCUUGUCAUUUCAAAAAAGAAUGUUGGGAAAAAAGAAUGCUCACAUUACAUGGUGGAAAAAACUCUUUUGGGAUAUAAAAUUGAUGUAGAAAAUGCUCAUGAACCAAUGAAAACACUGUGUGAGGUCAUGGACUUUUUUGUCAAAACAUCUGGGAAAGAAGCAACAAAACCCCUGACUUGCAAUGAUUUGACAAAAUUAGGUUUUCCUGAAAAUGACUAUGACACUAAAAUAAUCAGAGUCCAACCAGACCCUGAUAGUGGGGAAGAGUUGGAUGUAACAGAUAUAGACCCAUACUUAAAAGGAGAUUCACCAGAUUAUCUGGCUCCAGAUUAUCUUCCUCCAGCUCCUCCCCCUCCUGUGAAUAGAUCUGGAUUUGCCACAGCUAUUCAUGCCAAUAGGAGUGUAAGAUCCAUGUCUGUUCCUGCCAUUGCUGCUGAAGAGUUGAAAUAUCUAAAAGAUGGAACAGCACCUCCACAGCCUCAUAGAAAAUUAUCAAACAGAAGUUCACCUUUAGACCAAAAGAGUCCUAACUCCUUGUCAGUAAGAAACCCACCUGAAGCACCACCACCUCUCCCUCCUAACCAUCCUCCUCCACUGAGACACACAGGAAGUUUUGACUCGCCAAAUUUACCCCUUGAUCCCACAAGCAAAAGAGCAUUCCCCAAACACACACAGUCUCUGACUGAAGCUGAUCACCCAACUUGGAAGACAACACAUCCACCAUUAGUUGAAGCAAAAAGCUUGCUAGAAAAUGCAAAUAGAAUUCUUACCAAAAAGGGUCCUGAAACAGCUCCAAAGACAAGUACACUACCUAGAUCAUUUUCUGUGGAUGAAAAAGGACCCACACAAAGUUUUAAGAAAAAAUUAGAUGGCGUGCUGUCAGCACAAAUCCAGGGACCAGGUGGCUUGAGCAGAGCCCCCUUCAGCCCCCCUCAAUCUCCUGGUGCAGCUGUUCAAGAUGACAGAGAUAUUUAUGAAUCUUUUGACCACUACCAAAAUGCAGGGGAGAUAAGAAGCAGAAAUGCACAAAAAUGAUACUCUUCAUUUGUUUUAUAUCUGUGGCCAGUUUAAUCCAUAUUUAGUUAAAAAAGAUUUAAAAAGGCUUUCAACUGUUAUUGUUGGAUGUUAUUGUAAGGUGUGAGAUUAGUGUUUGUUUGAUAUAGGUUGGAUUUUUUCAGAUCUCUUAAAACAAUCUAGUUCAUUCACAUGUAAAUCAUGAACUGCACACUUGUAAUUUACUAAUAAUAUGUUUACAUUGUAAACACAAUAAUGUCACAAUAUUAGUACUGGUGCAUUCCAUAAGAAAAUAAUUUAGUGUACAUGUUUCUUAAUUUGUUGUACAUUUAGUUAGAAGAAAAUGUAUUUUUAGUGAUCUGUUUUUACAUUGUUGCAUUUUAAAAAAUAUGAAUAUUUUAUAAUGUUAAAAACAAAUAUAUAUUGACAUUUCUUUGAUCAAAUUCACAACUAAUGAGUACAUUCAGUUGCUGUUAUGAUAUGUAAAUGAGCUGUUUGAAAAAAAUAACAGAAUGUUUUAUAUCUUUUAAGAAAUGUAGAAUCUUAUAUAAAUUUUGAGACAAAUUAUUCACAUGCUAAAACAAGUAUUAUUAAAUUGCUUAUUCAAUGUCUUUUGCACCAAAACCCUCUUCCUGUCUGUUGCACAGGUGUUUAAAGAUCAAGCAUAAUUUUUAGAUUUUUAAGGUACUUACCUUAAUGUUAAAUAUUAAAUGCAAAGUAUAUUGCUAGUGUGCAACUGGUUGAUCUACUUUAGCUGACCUCCACCCUCUAUUAUAUUCAAUAGCUUUGAUUUUUUAAAUAAACCUUUGGGUAUGGGCAGGUGGGUUUUCAGUACAGAUAAUAUUUAAGACAGUAGACAGCAAAAUAAACAUGUAAUAAUUGUUUGACUUUUAUAAACAGAGUAGUUUCCCUUAGCUAAUCAGUUUGUUCUGCUCAGUAGUGUCAUCAUGGUGGGUCCACAUUUAAAAAGUAGUCUCUGCUACACAUUGGAGAGAUAUUAGUAAUUACAGUUUACCAACUUGUAUACCAGCAAAGAAUUAUUUUAGUACUGUUUUUUUUGUAUUCAUAUAACUACGACAAUGAAACUUGAGUUUUUGAUUUCAAAUAUUGUACAUAGAUUUGAUUAAAAAGUUGGAUAAGAUAAUAAAAAAACCAACAACCAGU